CGCCCAUAAAGUUAAAAGACUCUUAUCGUUUCGUUGAAAACUCAUAUCAAACGCGCUACAUAAAGCACGUGUUGCCCAAUCUCACCAUCUUCGGGGCCGAGUCAAAAUUAGAAAUCUACAAAGCGAUUCUCUGAUCCGAUUCCGGCGAGACGAAACAGACUCGUUCCGCUCAAAAUGGCGUCGUUUAAGGUGAUGCAUUCCUCAACAUCUACAAACUCGGAUCCAUCUCGUCGCAUCCACUCCUCUAUAAGACCUCAACAACAACAACAUCCCCUCAUCGGCGGUUACGACGGUUACAGUCCCGGUACAAUGACCGUCGAAGGUAUUCUCCACGAGACUUUCGCCUCGGAUCCGCCGGCCGCGGAGUCCUCGCUCCUGAUGGAUGAAGCGACGGUUUCCGCGACGGCGACGCGCGGGAAGAGCGUCGACGAGGUGUGGCGAGAGAUCGAAGGGAAAUCGAUGAAGGAAGAAGAAGGAGAAGAGGAGGAGAUGAUGACGUUAGAGGAUUUCUUAGCGAAAGCGACCGGCGAAGACACAGCAGGAGAGGCGGAGGAUGUGAAGAUUCCGACGACGACGACGACGGAGAGUUACGGAUUCGAUCAUCACAAUCCGUUUCAGAUGAUUGAUAAAGUGGAAGGAUCGAUCGUUGCGUUUGGGAACGGUGUGGAUGUGUACGGAGGAGGAGGGGGAGGGGGAGCGAGAGGGAAGAGAGCGAGAGUGGUGAUGAUGGAGCCGUUGGAUAAAGCGGCGGCGCAGAGGCAGAGGAGGAUGAUAAAGAACCGUGAGUCUGCUGCGAGGUCUAGAGAGAGGAAGCAGGCUUAUCAAGUUGAGUUGGAGACUUUGGCUGCGAAGCUUGAGGCGGAGAAUGAGAAGCUUUCUGUGGAGAUUGAAGAGAAGAGGAAAGAGAGGUUUAAGAGGUUGAUGGAGUUUGUGAUUCCUGUUGAUGAGAAACCUCCUAAGCAGAAGCGGGAGCAGGGACCGAUGUUAUUGCGCAGGAUUCGUUCUUUGGAAUGGUAAUGAUUUAGUAUAGAAUAAUAAUAUGUAGAGAGACUUUUGGUAUGUAACUAAAGACCUGUGUGUGUGUGUGUGAGUGAGUGAAUUCGUUAUCUGGAGUAGAGAGUAGAGUGAUAAUAACUUUACUAUAUUAUAUAUAUAGAUUGCAUAUGUUAUGUAGUUGGUUUUGAUGAGGCAUUGAUCUGAGGAUGAGCACAGUCUCUGUCUUUGCAAAUAGAGUUUGAAAAGAAAAUAUGAGAACAGUUCAGAUUGAAUUAAGAGAGGAACAAUGAGG